AUGGAGGAUACGAAAUCGCCUGACGGCUCGCCGCCUGUCAUGGAGAGCGAAAUUCCACCGAGUGCGGCACCCGACGCCGCCGCCGCCGCCGCCGCCGCCGCCGCUACUGCUGCUGCUGCUCCUGCCGUUCCCACUGUCACUCCUGCUGCUCCUCCUCCUGCUCCUCCAGCUGCUCCUCCUGCUGCUGCUACUUCUCCUUCCACUCCUGCUGAUGUUGCAGCGACCGCAGUUCCAGGGCCAGUCAACCUCGCUGAUGAGCUGGCGGUUGCGCGAGCGUGCGACACGUGGCAUGCCUUGCUUGGUCGGUUGAGGAGCUUGGAUAGAGAUUGUGAGGAUAAGGCCGUCGAAGGGCCGGCAGUAGCGGCGCCGCUGGGGGAAAUAUCGGCGGGGGAAACAGCACCAGGAGGAGGAGCAGUGGGAGAAGCAGUGAAGGGAGCAGCAGCUGUGGGAGCAGCAGCAACGGGUCGCAAGCAGUGCUUGCUAGAGGAGGCAGUGGACUGGUGCAUUGACAGUUUAUCGCGAUGGGACUAUAACGAGACACGAGGGGAAGAGAGUGAUGAUGGUGCGAUGGAGGUUGACGGUGCUGGUGGCAUGACCGAUAUGGGCGAUAGGGGCAAUGUGGGCGGUGGGGGCGAUAAGGGCGGUGGGGGCGACGUGGCACUGGGAGGAGCGAGUGAGGAUGAGGCAGUGAGGGAUGGGGCUGGCGGUGAGAAUGCGAAUGAGAAUGCGAAUGCGAUGGGUAGACUGCUGCGGGGUGAGGCCACUGCAGAGCUGGAGCGCUUGGUUAGUCGCUUGUUGGGGGACAGGAGGCACGGAGAGAGGGAGAGAAGGGGCGGGAGGGGGAGUGGGGAGGAAGGGGAAGGGCGUGAGGUGGGGGAAGUGGGUGCUGGUUCCGCAGUGGAGAGGGGAGGGAUGGGAGGGAGGCAGUGUGCGGGUGUGGUUCGUGUGGUGGCACUGCUGGAAGAAUGCCUGCUUAUGGCGCACUCUCACUAUGCUGCUGCUGCUGCUGCUGUUGAAGUUACCACUUCUGCUGUUGCUGCUGUUCCUGCUGCUUCUCCUGCUGCUGUUGCAGCGUCGGCUUUGGCAUCUGCUGCUGGCGGUGCGGUGCAGAGCAGCAGGGGGUGCAGGCAGCUGGUUGAACGGCUGGUGUGCAGAGUGCUGGGUGUGUCUGUGUGCGCGCACACACAGAGGGAAGGACAGGGCGGGGAGACGGGAGGAGCAUGCGCCUGCUUCAUCCGGAAUUCGGGAGCAGAGGGCGAAUUACAAGAGAGGAAGGAGGGGAAGGAAGGAGUAGAGAGGAGGAGCGAGGGGAGUGAGGGUCUACAGGACGUUGGGGUGGGAAUGGAUUGGCUUGUCGUGCUUGUUGGUGGCAAGGCCGAGUUCACGGAUGCUGUCCUGGGAGCUCUCAUUCACACAUGCACCUACUCUAGCACAUACACACACCCCUGCGUGUCUCCUUGGGAAUGCAAGGAAUGCAAGGGAAUGCAUGCGUGUGCUGGUGCGUGUGAACGAAGGCAGCCAGGUGCGGCAGCUGCUGUGGAUGGCGACACGGUGAUGGAGGGAGCUGAGAGUGGACAGGAAGGGCGGCACAGAAGCCAAGAGGGACAGGAAGGGCAGGAGGAGCAGGCGGGGCCGGAGGGCCAAGAGGGGCAGGGAGGGAAGGAGGGGAAGGAGGGUGUCGGUAUGGGUUGGGCAGCAUUUCUUCACCUCGCAGUGGGAUCAGUGUGCCUCGCCCCCAACGUCCUCCUCGCCCUCUCCUCCUCCACCCCCUCCUCUUCUCCCCCCACUUCCUCCUCCUCUCCUCCUGCCUCGUCCAACGAGUCUCGAACCACGUACCAGCUUUCGGUCUCACACAAGUUCUCAACCACACACCAAUCUGCAACCACAAAUGAGCACUCGUCCGCGUCUCCUCUGCAGCGCCUGCUGUCCUCCCCCCCUGCCACGCUGCUCCGCCUCUGGCGCUGCUGCUGCCAUGGCGAUGGCGUGGGUGUGAAUGCAGGCAUGGGCAUAGAUGGGGGCGCGGAGACGAGAGGGGCCAGGGGUGUUGGGGUGGAGGGGCAGCAUAGCGGGAAGACGGAUGGGUGCUGUGGGUUGCAGGACUAUUUACCACCGCCUCCUUGUGUAUGCAUUACAGACACAGUCACCAGCGGGGUGAAAGAGCUGACUCGGUUAGCCAUGGAUGGUGCAGGUCAGGCCACCCAGCCUGGUGGAAGCACAGCAGGAGCAGGAGCAGCAGAAGAAGGGUCGGCAGCAGGCGCAGCAGCAGCAGCAGCAGGGGUGUGGGGGGAGGAGGUGGGGGCGCUGCUGGGAGAUUACUGUGCUGAGCUCACUGCAGCAGUUGUCAAGUGCUGCAUUGAAGUGAUAGACGCACACGUGGCACUGGCAGGUAGGGAGACAAGGGGUUCCAACACCAGCAGCAGCAUUGGUGGCGGUGGUAGCAGGCUGGUGUUGCUCGAGGGAUGGUUGGAUGCGCGAGUGGUGGAGUGCCAUAUGGGAGAAGGGCAAGGGUUUCUUGCUGCUGCUGCUUCUGCUGCUGCUGCCGCUGGUGGGAUGCAUGGGGUUAAUGCAAGGCGUGUGCUUGGCAAUCGUAAAGCUGCAAUGUCAGGGACAGGAUUGAUGGAGAUGACAGGAAGAAUGGGUAAAAUGGCGAGAUUGGGUGCUCCUGGUGGUAGUACUGGUGUUCGCUUUGUUGAAGGCAAUGGUGAUGGCAUGGUUUCUGCAGGGAGGGGAGCGCUAGCAGCACUGCAGCUGAUGCAUGUGGUGGUGGCGGCUGUAGUGCCGCCGUCGUUCCGAUGGGUGCCAGGGGAUUCAGAGCGCAUGCUACAGCAAGGCCACCUGAUGGCCUUACAGCGACAAGAGGAGGAGCGAGGAGGAGGAGGAGGAGGAGGAGGAGGAGGAGUGAAGAGCGAGGGAGUUGUGGGGGGGGAGGGAGGUGCAGGGUGCAACCCACGCCUUGCGCUGCUGCAUGAUGUGGAGGUGGCUCCUCGACUGGAGGUACCACCAACAGCAGCAGCAGUAGCAGCAGCUGUGGUGGAGGAGGAGUGGGGGAGGAGGGGGGACGAGUUGCGGUGUGUGGCAGAGCUGGCAGCAGUGGUUGGGAGCAUGGGUGGCACGUGCUGCCACCAUUUCACUCAGUUGGUACAUGAGAGCACACACUUCGUCGCCUCUCUCGCAAACGCACAUGCAUCCCUCCCGCUCUCCCCUGCACCACCAUCGGCAAACCCCCUGCGCCGGCGCUCUCACUCUCAUGGGCGAGCAGCGAGGGGCGUUCGCACUGCAGCUGGGGGGGAGGGAGUGCGCGCGGCAGGAGCAGAGCGCAUGGGGAGGGCGGGAAGGAGCCUGCUGGAGGAGAACAGAGCGCUCAUGUCGCUUCUAGCACCAGCGCCACCAGCCCAUCGCCUCUUCCCUCCCAUGCUCUCUGCCACACCAACACCGCCUCCUCCCCCCGCACCGCAUUGCACCCCAUCCCACACCUCUCCCACAUCCGGCGAGCUGCAUUGGGUGGUGGAGGGCAAGCCUUCACCUUCACCCCUCCAUGCCACACCUGCCGUACUUGCUCCCACUCCUGCGCAACGAAUCAGCACUGCCACUGCUGCUGCGUCUCCUGCUGCUUCUAUGCGCACUCCCGCUGCCACAGCACGAGUGGGGGGUGCUGCAGCCUACGCAGGGGAUUCGCUUUUGCAGCACAGCCAGCAGCAGCAGCAGCGAGAGGUGAUGGUGGAGCGAGUGUGUGUAGAGCUGCGAGCUGUCAUUUCCCUCGCUGCCUCCACCAUGGAUGGUCAACGGAACACCACGGCACGAGGCAGGGGGAGCAGCAGUGCUGGUGCAGUGGAGGACAGUGGUGUUUUAUCGGAGGAUGCUGCCUUGGCAGCGAGUGUGGCAGAGGCGGUGGCAGCAGCGGAGGGCAGGGCGAGUGGCAGUGCGGGCAUCAUGUGUGCAGCACUCGCUGCCAUUGCUGACUUGCCGCAUGAGCUGCCCCUCACAUCGCAACAGUACCUUGAGGCGAGUGUGGGUGGGGGUGGGAGGGGUGGGAUUGAGUUGAUAGAGAGUGCUACCCAGGAAGAAUCUGCUUUGUCUAUUCUAGUCCAUCUCUUCUCCCCCCUCUUCUCUCCUUCACCCCUCCUGGCAGCAGCAGCAGAGGCGCUACAGCAGCAGGCGCGCAUGGUGGCAUGGGUGCAUGCGAGUGUGGGGGAGGAGGUGGUGCGAGCGCUGCUAGCAGAUGCCAUUAGUCACGCCACCGUUGCCGCCAACAAUGCCUCUUCUCCCCUCACCAUGCCUGCAAGGGUCCGAACCCCGGCACCAGCGUCCCUUCCGUCCCGCCCGUCCUCCCCUGCAACACCACGAGCCACCUCCACCUCCACCACAACCACAACCGCCACCACCGGCACCACCACCGCCUCCAGCAUCCCCUCACAACCUCCCUUCUCGAAUCCCCCUUCCUCAGCCUCCUCCUCUCCGCCCUGCUCACCCCCCUGGCUGCACCGCCUACCUGCCCUCUCCUCCUACAUGCACGCUGCUGCAUGGCUGCCCACCCCUCUCGCCUGUGCAGCCUCUCUCGCACACCUGCUGUCCCCCCGCGACCUUGCUGAUCUGCUGCUGCUUCUUUGGCAUUGCAUGGAUUAUGCUAUUGCUGCUGGGCCCCUCUUUGCCUUCUCGCCCUGGAAAACAGCCGCCGCUGGCUCUGCUGCUGCUCCUCCUCCUCCUCUUGCACCUACCGUUGCUGCUGCUGCCGGGUCUGAUGGUGCUACAGCAGGAAAAUUUGGUGCUCCGAAACUAAUUCUCCACCCGCCUUCCAAAGCUGGCGUAGGCGGCAGUGCUGCUCCCGUCACUCAAGACACUACUGCUUCCAAUUCAACUGCACCUGCUGCUAGUGCUCUCCUUCAGGCCUUGUUGCAGCAGCAGCAGAAACAACAACCUCAGGAGCCCUUGCUCGCCCUUCCCCUCGCUUCCCCUCGCUUCCCCUUCCUUCCCCUCCCUUCUCCUCCAUUCCUACAUCACUCCCCACUCAACUCUUCCCCCAACAACCCCCCCUUCCUCUUCCCUCUUGUCCGUGCCCACCAUGCCCACCAUGUACACCUCCAGGCAGCAGCAGGGAGGGCAGUGCCCCCAUGGAGGGGAGUGCUGCUCACACUGGUGCGCCGCAACAUUGCCACGCUAGGGCCCUUCGCCAGGCAGUUGCUACUGGACGAGGGUUGA